AUGACGAGCCGUGUCCCUGCCACCACCAGAGCGGCUGCUGUCAGGACACCCACCGCGCUGCUGCUGGCGCUAUGGCUGCUCAUCGUGAUUGCAGAGACCACCGCACAGAGGGGGGCUCUGGACGGCUCUCACUUGACUUAUGGACCCCUGGAAGAGGAGAUCCUGGUGGCCAACAAUGGGAUCCGGGUGCCCUUCGGAAGAUCCGUCUACCUGGACCCGGUUCUGGACCUGGUGAUCCAAGUGCAGCCAGGAGACAAGUGUCACAUCAGCGUGCUCAGCAAUGACCCGCUGUCCCAGGGACCCGGACACCUGUCCCCCAACAGGUUCCCGUGCGAUUUCGGAGCCCGGGAAGUGAAGUACUCUCACCUGGGAGCCCGGAGCCCUUCCAAGGACAGAGUGAAACUGCAGCUCCGAUAUGACACCCAGACCCGUACCGUGAUCAUCCCAUUCAUGAUCGAGGUGGAGGUUCUGUUCACCCAGCUGGAAGUGGUCACCAGGAACAUGCCAUUGACGGUGGAGAAGCUGCUGGGCACCAGCAACCCCAUAGACAGAAAGGUCAUUGAGUUCACUUAUGACAGGACGUUUGAGGUGUGCAGGAUCACACCGGUGGUGGGACUGGCAGGUCUACCCAGGUACGGGAGGUUGCUACAGAGUCCUGGCCAUAUGAUGGACUGUGGGGAGUUUCUACAACAAGGUGUCCGCUACCAGCACACCGCUUCCACACAGUCCCCCAACAAGGACUUCAUACCUAUGCUGGUGGAGCUGCAUGAUAAAGUAGGGAACCUUCUCAAGCAGGAGCAUUUCCAAGUCUUGGUCCGUAUCAAGCAAGGUUUGGAGAAUACACAGCCCAAGCCAAGCUUCAUAGCCAUGAUGAUGAUGGAGGUAGACCAGUUUGUCAUUACAGCUAUCACCCCAGAUAUGCUGGCCGCUGAAGACUUAGAAUCUGACCCUGGGGAUCUUAUAUUUAAUGUCACUUCAAAUUUUGGCCCAAGGCAGGGGCAGAUUGUCAGCACCGAUGACCGCAACUUACCUAUCACCUCCUUUUAUCAGCGGGACUUGCAGGAGCUCAGGAUUGCCUACAAACCUCCACCUGAGGAUUCUGAUACUGAGCGCAUCUUUGAAGUGGAGCUGGAGGUGGUGGACACUGAGGGAGCUGUGUCUGACCCUUUCUCCUUCAUGAUAGUUGUAAAACCCAUGAACACAAUCGCUCCUGUGGUCACCAGAAACACAGGGCAGCUCCUGUUUGAGGGACAGUCUAGACCACUAUCUAGUACUCAGAAUCUGCAGAUCAGCGAUGAGGACAACCUGGAUGAGGUUAGAGUGACCAUGUUGGAUGGUUUGAGGCAUGGACAGCUCUAUUUGUUAGGAUCCCCACCUGAAAGCUCAAAGUUUUUCACAGCCUCUGACCUGGAUGAGGGCAGGAUUAUCUAUCAACAUGAUGGCAGUGACACAUAUAGUGACAACAUCAUCUUCCGUAUGACUGAUGGAAAGCAUGAAGUGGAGUUCCUUUUCCCAAUCACUGUGGUGCCAACAGAUGAUGAGCCUCCUAUUGUUAACGCCAAUACUGGUUUGAUGCUUUCAGAGAAAGAAGUGGCUCCUGUGACUCCGCUAGUGCUGAGUGCUACAGAUAUUGACUCAGAGGACUCCACCAUACGUUUUAUUUUAGAAUUACCUUACUCAACCCUGGGGCGAAUGGUGCUGCGUCAAUCUGAGAUACCGCAGGAUCCUUCUGAAUGGCAGUUCCUCCCUGAGCUAAAGAUAUAUGAGAAGGAGGUAAGUGAGUGGACUCAGCAAGAUAUAUUGGAUGGAAAACUGUAUUACAAACAUGUUGGGCCCCAUAGCACUGUCUCAGUCAUGGACCAGCUUGUCUUUAGAGUCCAAGAUGACAACGAUCCUCCAAAUCAAUCUGGGGAGCACACCUUUGUUGUGAAAAUUAACCCCAUUGAUGACUUACCUCCAGAACUAUACCCAGGUACCACCCUCAAGAUGGUAGUGCAGGAGUACCAUUUAACUUACUUUAGAAAGAAAUUUCUCCGUUAUACUGACUUAGAUUCUGAUGACCGGGACCUCAAAUACACGGUGACCACCCCUCCAUUGGACACAGAUGAGAACAACCCAGCUAUUAUGGGUUUUAUAGUCUUUACUGAAAACCCAGAUCAAGUUGUCACAGAGUUCACUCAAGCCCAGAUAAACCAUCAUAAGAUUUCUUACAAACCCCCAGACCUAGAACUUGGAAUCACCCCUCGUGUUGUAGAGUUUCAUUAUACAGUUGAGGACACAUCUGGCAAUUCGGCCAUAGGGAAGUUUACCAUCUUUUUGCAGCCAGUGGACAACAAGCCCCCAAAUAUCAUAAAUACAGGGUUUACGGUGUUUGAACGGGGAAGCCACGUUAUCACGCCUGCAGAGCUCGAUGCCACCGAUGCUGACACAGGUAGAGAUAAAAUCACUUUCACUCUCACACAGUCUCCAAGACAUGGGCAAGUUCUGUACUCUAACCAAGUGAUGGAUGUGGGUGAGUCAUUUGUGCUGGAUGACAUUCGCAAUGGGAAAAUAAGCUACAUGCACAGUGGUGAAGAGUCUGCCAGUGACUCCUGCACUUUGGAUGUAAGUGAUGGGGUGCAUGUCCUCACUAUUAUCAUUAAAAUCACUGUGCGGCUGGUGGAUGAUGAAGUGCCCAGGAUCAUGUUACCAACUGGAACCAUUGGCUCCUACCUAGAUGUUUUGGAAGGCAGUUCUGCUGAAAUCACAGCUAAUGUUAUUCAGGGGACAGAUGCAGACACAGAUGACCUCAUGCUAACAUUUAUUGUUGAAGACCCACCUCAUCUUGGAGAAAUUCUGGUGAAUGGUGUACCUGCUGAAAGGUUUACCCAGAGAGAUAUAAUUGAUGGGACAGUUAUUUAUUCCCACACUGCUGGGGAAAUUGGGCUACAGAAAAUGGAAGACUCUUUCAAUUUAACAUUAUCUGACCUGUCAGAGGAAUGGACUGUUGGGGGUAAUAGAGUUACUGGAGUACGUGUUCAAGUGACCAUUCUGCCCAUUGAUAAUCAGUCCCCUAUAGUUACAGUAGGUGAACAGUUCACAGUUAUUGAAGGUGAAAAAAAUGUUAUAACCUCAUCCAAUUUAGGAGCACAAGAUACGGACACCCCCAAUGAUGACAUCCUGUGCACUAUUAUUGUCCAGCCUUCAUCUGGUUACCUGGAAAAUAUAUCCCCUGCUCCAGGAUCUGAAAAAUCCAGAGCUGGAACUGCUAUUAGUGCAUUUACAUUGAAAGACAUCAGAAUCGGACAUAUUUAUUAUGUUCAAAGCAUCCAUAAGGGUGUGGAACCUGUGGAAGAUAGGUUGACUUUCCACUGCUCUGACGGCAUCAACUUUUCCCAGAAGCACUUUUUCCCUAUUGUUAUUAUUCCAGCUAAUGAUGAAAAGCCUGAGAUUUUCAUGAGGGAAUUUGUAGUUAUGGAGGGCAUGAGUCUUGUUAUCGAUAUUCCCAUACUGAAUGGGGCAGAUGCUGAUAUCCCAACAGAUGAACUUGUCUUUUUUAUCACUAAGCCGCCAAAACAUGGGAAUAUCGUAAACCAGUUCACCAAUGGCACUGUGAUAGUCAACAGCUUUAACCUGGAUGACAUCAAAGAAAGCUCCACCAUUCUUUAUGAACAUGAUGACUCUGAGACCAAAGAGGACAGUUUUGAAAUAAAACUUACUGAUGGAAUACAUUCAGCGGUCAAAACUGUUCUCAUUAUGAUUAUACCUGUGGAUGAUGAGACCCCUAGAAUGACCAUUAAUGAUGGACUGGAGAUAGAAAUAGAAGAAACAAAACUGAUCACCAAUAAAGUGCUUAAAGCUACAGACUUGGACUCAGAUGACAAAAUUUUAACCUAUAUCCUACGUUACGGACCUGGCCAAGGUUUGCUUCAAAGAAGGAAACCAAAUGGAGGACUAGAAAAUAUAACAAUAGGUAUGAACUUUACUCAGGAUGAGGUGGACAGAGAAUUAAUACAAUACCAGCAUUUUGGCCAAGAGGGCAUUCGUGAUUUGUUCAAGUUUGAUGUCACUGAUGGAAUUAAUCCACUUAUUGAUAGAUACUUUUAUAUUACAGUGGGGGGCAUCGAUAUGGUCUUUCCAGAUGUGGUUAGUAAAGGAGUGUCUUUGAAAGAAGGAGGCAGAGUAACACUUACCACUGACUUACUUAGCACUAGUGAUCUCAAUAGCCCAGAUGAACACUUAGUUUUUACAAUCACAAGGGCUCCGGUGCGUGGGCACUUGGAGUGCACUGAUCUUCCAGGGGUGCCCAUCACAUCCUUCACCCAGCUCCAGUUGGCGGGUAAUAAAAUCUACUACACUCACACAUCAGAUGAUGAAGUGAAAAUGGACAGCUUUGAAUUUGAGGUCACCGAUGGCUAUAAUCCAGUUUUUCGCACUUUCAGAAUAUCUAUCAGUGAUGUGGAUAACAAGAAACCAGUCCUGACUAUCCAUGAACUAACAGUGAGAGAAAGUGAAAACAAACUGAUCACCCCCUUUGAACUUACAGUGGAGGACAGGGACACUCGAGACAAACGGCUGAGAUUUGUUAUAACUCAAAUUCCAGUUCAUGGGAAGAUCCUUUAUAACAACAGUAAAACAGUGACCUCUUUUACAAAGCAAGACCUAAAUGAUAACCUUAUCAGCUAUAAGCACGGUGGCACAGAGACUACAGAGGACAGCUUCUCCUUCACUGUCACUGAUGGCACCCAUACUGACUUUUAUGUGUUCCCGGAUACCGUAUAUGAGACAAGGCAGCCCCAGAUGAUGAAAAUACGUAUAAUAGCAGUGGAUAACGGCGUGCCACAGAUUGUAGUAAACAAGGGGGCCCCAACACUUCGAAUUCUGAGCACUGGCCAUUUGGGAUUUUUGAUUACCAAUAAGGUUCUUAAAGCUGAAGACCGGGACAGUGCCCACCUUUCACUCCGUAUCCGAGUCACACAAAGUCCUAGCCAUGGAUUCCUCAUCAAUAUGGACAAGGGCAACCACAGCAUAAACCAGUUUUCUCAAGCGGACAUCGAUGAUAUGAAAAUCUGCUACGUUUUACGAGACAAAGAAAACGCCACUAGUGAUAUCUUUCAUUUUACUGUGGAAGACAGUGGAGGAAACAAGCUAAAGAAUCAGCACUUCCGUCUGAACUGGGCCUGGAUUUCAAUAGAAAAGGAGUACUAUGUCGUGAAUGAAGACGCUAAACAUUUAGAAAUCAUCCUGAGGCGUAGAGGAUACCUCGGAGAAACCACAUUUGUCAGUAUUGGCACUGUGGAUGGCACAGCAGAAAAGGACAAAGACUUUAGAGGGAAGGCUCAGAAACAAGUCCAAUUUAAUCCAGGUCAGACCACAGCAACUUGGAGAGUCCGCAUCAUGACUGAUGGAGAGUAUGAACAAUCUGAAACCUUCCAGAUAGUUCUAUCAGAGCCUGUCAUGGCGGCCUUGGAGUUUCCAGAAGUGGCAACAGUGGAGAUCAUUGACCCUGGAGAUGAAUCAACCGUGUUUAUACCUCAGUCAAUCUAUAAAAUUGAAGAAGAUAUUGGUGAGCUGUUUAUUCCAGUCAGGAGAAGUGGGGAUGUCAGUCAAGAACUAAUGGUUAUAUGUUUCACACAUCAAGGUACGGCUACUGGAACCAUCCCAACAUCCGUUUUAUCUUACUCUGAUUACAUAUCCAGGCCUGAGGAACACAACAGCGUUUUGAGGUUUGAUAAGGAGGAAAAGGAGAAAAUGUGUCGUGUGGUGAUCAUAGACGAUUCCUUGUACGAGGAAGCUGAGACUUUCAAUAUUACAUUAAGCAUGCCUAUGGGAGGAAGACUGGGCACUGAAUUCCCUUCAGCUCAGAUUGUGAUUCUGCCCGACAAGGAUGAUGAACCUGCUUUCUACUUUGGUGAUGUGGAACUGUAUGUGGAUGAGAGUGCGGGAUACAUUGAAGUGCGAGUAUGGAGGACGGGUACUGAUCUGUCAAAAACCGCCACAGUGACAGUGCGUUCACAGAAGACAGAACCAGUGUCAGCAGUUGCUGGCAUUGACUACGUAGGCAUCAGUCGGAAUCUGGAUUUUGCACCAGGUGUGAACAUGCAGACGUUCCGUGUAGUCAUUCUGGAUGACUUAGGACAGCCAGUACUGGAGGGGAUUGAGAAGUUUGAACUUGUGCUGCGUAUGCCAAUGCAUGCUGUCCUUGGGGAGCCCAGCAAAGCUACAGUGUUCAUUAAUGACACAGUCUCUGACUUGCCAAAAGUGCAGUUCAAGGAACCAAUGUACAUGGGCAAUGAAAAGGAUGGGAAGAUCACCGCCAUGGUCUACAGAAGUGGGGAUGUCAGUUAUAAGUCUACAGUACGUUGUUAUACCCGACAAGGAUCUGCUCAAGUGAUGAUGGACUUUGAAGAACGACCAAACACAGAUAGCUCAGUCAUCACCUUCCUUCCAGGAGAAACAGAACGGCCUUGCUCUGUUGUGCUUGUGGACGAUUCCAUCCAUGAGGAGGAGGAAGAGCUGCGACUGGUUCUAGGCACACCAAAAAGUGAUUCCCCCUUUGGAGCGUCCAUUGGUGAACUCAACGAGACUUUGAUCAAGAUUAAAGAUGACGCAGACAAGGCAAUCAUAAAGUUUGGAGACACUAAGUUUAGUGUGAGUGAACCAAAGGAACCCGGACAAAUCAUAGUUGUAAAAAUUCCAGUUGUUCGUCUUGGAGACACUUCAAAGGUCUCCAUUGUGCGUGUUCACACAAAGGAUGGCUCUGCUACCUCUGGAGAAGAUUAUAACCCCGUGUCAGAAGAAAUUGAGUUUAAGGAAGGUGAAACCCAGCAUAUUGUGGAGAUUGAAGUGCUGUAUGAUGGAGUUAGAGAGAUGAGAGAAGCCUUUACUGUGCACCUCAAACCAGAUGAAAACAUGGUUGCAGAAAUUCAGAUGGCAAAAGCCAUUGUGUACAUCGAGGAAAUGAACAGCAUGGCAGAUGUGACGUUCCCCUCAGUUCCCCACGUUGUCUCUCUCUUUAUAUAUGAUGACACAUCUAGAGCCAAAGACAACCCCAACCCUAUAGCUGGGUACCCCGUUGCCUGCAUUACAGCCUGUAACGCGAAAUACUCAGACUAUGAUAAAACUGGUUCUCUAUGCACCAGUGAAAAUAUUAAUGACACACUGACCCGUUACCGCUGGCUGGUUAGUGCCCCCAAGGGUCUGGAUGGAGUAACCAGUCCUAUGAGAGAGGUGGACUUCGACACAUUCUUCACAUCCUCAAAAAUGAUCACUCUGGAUUCUAUAUACUUCCAUGCCGGGUCUCGGGUGCAGUGUGCAGCGCGUGCAGUCAACUCUGAUGGACAUGAAGGUCUGGAACUUCUGAGCCCUAUUGUGACAAUAAGCACGGAUGAGGGUCUUUGCCAGCCUAGAGUGUCGGGAGUGGUGGGAGCAGAACCAUUUUCUGCUAAAAUGCGGUAUACAGGACCGGAUGACCCAGACCAUCCAAAUCUAAUUAAAGUCACUAUUACUCUACCUCACAUUGAUGGCAUGUUGCCAGUUGUAUCAACAAGAGAAAUGUCCAACUUUGAGCUCACACUCAGCCCCGAUGGUACUCGGGUUGGAAAUCAUAAAUGUUCCAAUCUUCUAGACCACAAUGAAGUGAGGACUCAUUAUGGAUUUUUAACCAAUGCCACCAAGAAUCCCAAUGUGAUAGGUGAGACGUCUCCUUACCAGUACAGCACACAGCUCCGCGGCGCCAACACACUGCGUUUCUACCGCAAUCUGAACCUGGAGGCCUGUCUGUGGGAGUUUACCAGCUAUUAUGACAUGUCUGAACUACUGACUGAAUGUGGCGGAACAAUUGGCACUGAUGGACAGGUCUUGAAUCUUGUGCAGUCCUAUGUAACCCUGCGAGUGCCCCUGUACGUGUCCUAUGUAUUUCACUCGCCGGUGGGAGUUGGUGGCUGGCAGCAUUUCGAUUUGCACUCAGAGCUGCGGCUCACAUUUGUGUACGACACCGCCAUCUUGUGGAGGGAUGGUAUUGGUAGCCCACCAGAAGCUGAAUUACAAGGUUCUCUAUUCCCAACCAGCAUGCGUAUUAAUGAAGAGGGACGUUUGGUUGUCAAUUUUAAAACUGAGGCCCGAUUCAAUGGUCUCUUUGUGAUGUCGCAUCCUGGAACUUCCUUGUCCUCUAUGGUCAUGUCAGCUGACCACCCUGAGCUGAUCUUUACUCUAAGUCUUGUACGGAGUGAACCAACCUAUAACCAACCAGUUCAGCAGUGGAGCUUUGUUUCUGAAUUUGCGGUCCGGGAUUACUCUGGAACAUACACCGUCAAACUCAUCCCCUGUACCACAGCUCCAUAUCAAGCAUAUGGUCUGCCAGCCGUGUGUAAUCCUCGGGAGCCAAUAACAUUCGAUGUUGACAUCAGAUUCCAACAGGUCAGCGAUCCAGUGGCUACAGAGUUCAGUUUGAACACCCAGUUGCUACUUCUAUCUAAAAAAUCUCUCUGGUUGUCAGAUGGAUCAAUGGGAUUUGGCCAAGAAAGUGACAUAGCCUUUUCUGAAGGUGACACUAUUUAUGGUCGUGUGAUGGUGGACCCCGUGCAGAACUUGGGUAGUUCAUUUUACUGUAAUAUCGAGAAGGUCUUCCUGUGCACUGGAGCAGAUGGCUAUGUUCCAAAAUAUAAUCCAUCCAACGGUGAAUAUGGCUGCUUUGCUGAUUCAUCAUCUCUUCUGUACCAAUUUAAAAUUUUGGACAAAGCACAGCCAGAAACUCAGGCUAGCAGAUUUGGCAGCGUGCUGUUUAAUGCCAGACUUGCUGCAGAUGAUCCGGAAGCAUUGCCUCUAGUCAAACAGCCGGGUUCGGAUGGAUUUAAAGUUGACUCCACUCCUUUGUUCCAGGUGUCUACAGGACGAGAGUGGUACAUACACACCAUCUAUACUGUAAGGUCCAAAGAAAAUGCUAACAGAGGCAUUGGAAAACGAAGUGUUGAAUAUCAGUACCAUUCAGUAUUGAAUGCUGGUCCUUCAGAAGGUUUAGCAGCUCGUAAGAAAAGAGAUGUCAGCGAAGCCCCAACGAUUGCUCAGGAAAUCGGCAUGGACAACAACAGAGGCACCAAUAUCCAACACAUAAUAUUAGAACGCAGCAACAAGAAGACUGUUCCAGAGAAGGAAAUUACUGUUGAUGGGAUUAUUCCAAGAGAGUUGAAUAAUAAAGAAAGUGAGGUCAACGUCGUCAUCAUUGUGGUCAUUCUGGCUGCAAUAUUACUACUUGUAGUCUGUUUAAUAGCCAUUAUUGUUUUCCUGCUUAGACGUAAGCAGAAAUCUAAAAAGAAGGAAGAAGGUCAAGAAACAGGAAGCAGUGAGCCCAUGAUGCCACAUCGUGGCUACAGUACCGACAGCUCAGAGGUUUGAUAUUGUGUAGCCAUGGUCAAGCCAUAGUAGAGUGCCUCAAAAACAUUUAUAUUUCCAGUAAAUGUCUCUUUCCAG